UUGUCAACUGCUGAGGGAAAAAAUCAAUAAAAUUUCAAUAGCUUCACAAAUCUUCUGGGUUGGCUUAUAAAACAAUUUCGUGUUGAUUAUGAAGUAUUUAAGUUCAAUAAAAUGUCGGUUAAUUUGUCAAUUUGACCUUUAUUAAAACCGAAAAUAGUUUAAUAUGCUGGAGAGAAAUGCUGUACUAUUCAGAAACUUAUUUGAUACUUACAUUCAUGGCAGAUUAAGAAAUAAACUAAACAGCUCGCUUCCAAAUUUAAUUAACAAGCAUAUUUGCGCUGCUCAUACAGAUAUAAAGGUUCCUGAUUACACGAAAUACAGAAAAGACAGUGUUAAAUCUCCAGAUGUUCCCACCUCUUGUUCUGAAGAAUCCAGGAAAAUAUUUACAUAUAUGAUUUCUGGAACUACAGCGACCCUAGCACUGUACAGCCUCAAAUCGGAAGUUACAAGACUUGUAACAUACAUGAGUGCUUCGGCUGACGUUUUAGCCCUAGCACAGAUAGAAAUCAAGUUGUCUGAUAUACCAGAGGGAAAAUCUGCCACAUUUAAAUGGAGGGGUAAGCCGUUGUUUAUUCGUCAUAGAACAGCAGAAGAAAUAGCGAUCGCACGGUCGGUACCGGUAAACACUUUAAGGGAUCCUGAAGAAGAUUCGAAACGUUGUGAAAAUCCCUCGUGGCUAAUUGUUAUCGGAGUUUGUACACACUUAGGAUGUGUGCCUAUUGCAGACGCAGGGGAUUACGGACCUGGUGGAUACUACUGCCCUUGUCAUGGUUCGCACUAUGAUGCAGCUGGGAGAAUUAGAAAAGGUCCAGCCCCUACUAAUCUAGUUAUACCUCCUCUUAAGUUUGUAGGGGAUGACACAUUAGUUGUUGGAUAAAUAUAAUAAAAUGUAAUGUAAAAAA